AUGCGUGUGGACAGCACAUCUGCAAAGACUGCAGAUACUGUAAUAGCUGGUUUUCGAGGGACAGUCCCACAUGGCAUAUCACUGGAGAUUGGAGACACCGUUCAAAUAUUAGAGAAAUGUGAUGGAUGGUACAGAGGAUUUGCCUUAAAAAACCCCAAUGUUAAGGGCAUAUUUCCGUCCAACUACAUUCACUUGAAAAAUGCCUGUGUUAAGAACAAAGGACAAUUUGAAAUGGUUAUUCCAACAGAAGAUUCUGUUAUUACAGAAAUGACAUCAACUUUAAGAGACUGGGGAACAAUGUGGAAACAACUCUAUGUGAGGAAUGAGGGGGAUCUCUUUCACCGACUGUGGCACAUAAUGAAUGAAAUCCUAGACCUGCGAAGGCAGGUCCUUGUCGGCCAUCUCACCCAUGAUCGAAUGAAAGAUGUCAAACGACACAUCACUGCUCGCCUGGAUUGGGGCAAUGAACAACUGGGACUUGACUUAGUUCCAAGAAAAGAAUAUGCUAUGGUGGAUCCUGAAGAUAUCAGCAUUACGGAGCUCUACAGGCUGAUGGAGCAUCGUCAUCGAAAAAAAGACACACCAGUACCAGCUAGCAGCCACCAUCUCUUUGUUCAGAUGAAAAGUCUAAUGUGCUCCAAUCUCGGAGAGGAACUGGAAGUAAUCUUCUCACUCUUUGAUAGUAAAGAAAAUCGGCCAAUCAGUGAAAGGUUUUUUUUAAGACUGAAUAGAAAUGGUUUGCCAAAAUGUCCAGAAAAGCCUGAAAGACACUGUUCUCUCUUUGUGGAUUUGGGCAGCAGUGAACUCAGGAAGGACAUCUAUAUCACUGUGCACAUUAUCCGAAUAGGACGAAUGGGAGCUGGAGAAAAGAAAAAUGCCUGCAAUGUACAAUAUAGACGGCCCUUUGGCUGUGCAGUCCUCAGUAUUGCAGAUUUGCUGGCAGGAGAUUCAAAGGAUGACCUCGUCUUAAAAGUAUACAUGUGCAACACAGAGAGUGACUGGUAUCAGAUCCAUGAAAAUAUCAUUAAAAAGCUGAAUGCACGUUACAACUUGACAGGCUCCAAUGCAGGUCUGGCAGUUUCUCUUCAGUUGCUUCAUGGAGACAUAGAACAAAUUAGGAGAGAGUAUACAUCCAUGUUUACCCAUGGAGUAUCCAUAACAAGGAAACUAGGUUUUUCCAAUAUUAUAAUGCCUGGGGAAAUGAGGAAUGACUUAUAUAUCACUGUAGAAAGAGGAGAAUUUGAGAAAGGAGGGAAAAGCGUGGCCAGAAAUGUGGAAGUGACAAUGCAUGUCGUGGACAGCAGUGGUCAAAUUUUAAAGGAUUUUAUCUCGUUCGGCUCUGGAGAGCCACCAGCCAGCGAGUACCAUUCCUUUGUGCUUUACCAUAACAAUGGUCCCAGAUGGGCUGAGCUGCUGAAACUUCCUAUUCCUGUGGAUAAAUUCAGAGGAGCACACAUCCGCUGUGAAUUCCGGCACUGUUCCACAAAAGAAAAGGGUGAGAAGAAGUUGUUUGGCUUUUCUUUCGUGCCCCUGAUGCAGGAAAAUGGGAGGACUCUGCCAGAUGGCACCCAUGAACUCAUUGUACACAAGUGUGAAGAAAACACAAACCUUCAGGAUUCUGGUCGCUACCUCAAACUCCCCUUUUCAAAGGGAAUUUUCCUAGGAAACAACAGCCAAGCAGUAAAAACCACUAAAGAGUCCUUCUGGAUUACAUCCUUUCUCUGCUCCACUAAACUCACACAAAAUGGAGAUAUGCUUGACCUUCUGAAAUGGAGAACCCACCCAGACAAAAUUGCAGGAUGCCUCUCAAAAUUAAAAGAAAUUGAUGGUUCAGAAAUAGUGAAGUUUCUUCAAGAUACACUAGACACUUUAUUUGGGAUUUUAGAUGAAAACUCUCAAAAAUAUGGAUCGAAAGUAUUUGAUUGUUUGGUUCACAUAAUAAAUUUGCUGCAGGACAGCAAGUUUCACCACUUUAAGCCAGUAAUGGACACUUACAUUGAAAGUCAUUUUGCAGGAGCACUUGCAUACAGGGAUCUUAUAAAAGUACUAAAGUGGCAUAUCGAUCGAGUCACUGAAGUAGAGCUGCAUGAGCACAUACAGGAAGUACUAAAGGCACAGGAAUAUAUCUUUAAAUAUAUAGUUCAGUCUCGAAGGUUAUUCUCUAUUGCCACUGGUGGACAAAAUGAGGAGGAAUUUCGCUGCUGUAUUCAAGAGCUUCUUAUGUCAGUACGCUUCUUCCUUUCCCAAGAGAGCAAAGGAGCUAGUGCUUUAUCCCAACUACAAGCUGUAUUUCUCAGCUCAUUUCCAUCGGUGUACUCUGAACUUUUGAAGCUCUUUGAUGUAAGAGAAGUGGCAAAUUUGGUUCACGAUGCUCUGGGCAGUCUGCCAACAGUCAUGCAUGGGGAUGAGUCCCUUCAAGCUGUUAAACUGCAGAGUAUUGGAAAAACUGUAGAGAGUCACCUGUACACUAACCCAGAUUCUCGAUACAUUCUUCUUCCGGUAGUUUUACAUCAUCUCCACAUGCAUUUACAAGAGCAGAAGGACCUUAUAAUGUGUGCACGUAUCCUUAGCAACAUAUUUUGCCUCAUCAAGAAGAACAGCUCAGAAAAAUCUGUCCUGGAAGAAAUUGAUGUGAUUGUAAACAGCCUGCUAGAUAUUCUGUUAAGGACCAUACUAGAGAUCACCAGUCGACCACAACCAUCAGGCUCUGCUAUGCGCCUCCAAUUUCAAGAUGUGACUGGGGAAUUUGUCUCCUGUUUGUUGUCACUCUUGCGACAAAUGACUGAUAGACAUUAUCAACAGCUUCUUGACAGCUUCAACACAAAGGAGGAUCUGAGGGAUUUCCUGCUGCAGAUUUUCACUGUAUUUCGGAUACUAAUACGACCAGAGAUGUUUCCAAAAGACUGGACAGUGAUGCGUUUGGUUGCAAACAAUGUGAUCAUUACUACAGUCUUGUACCUUUCGGAUGCCCUUCGUAAAAACUUCUUAAAUGAAAACUUUGAUUACAAGAUAUGGGAUUCCUACUUUUUUCUUGCUGUCAUUUUUAUAAACCAGUUAUGUCUGCAACUGGAGAUGUUCACACCUUCCAAGAAGAAAAAGGUUUUAGAAAAAUAUGGUGACAUGCGGGUAACAAUGGGAUGUGAAAUCUUCAGCAUGUGGCAAAAUUUAGGGGAACACAAGCUUCACUUUAUUCCAGCAUUGAUUGGCCCCUUCCUGGAAGUGACCUUGAUCCCUCAGCCAGACCUGAGGAAUGUCAUGAUUCCCAUUUUCCAUGACAUGAUGGACUGGGAGCAAAGGCGAAGUGGCAACUUUAAACAGGUGGAAGCAAAACUGAUUGACAAACUGGACAGCCUAAUGUCGGAAGGUAAAGGUGAUGAAACAUACCGAGAGCUCUUCAACAGUAUUCUACUGAAGAAAAUUGAGCGGGAAACAUGGAGGGAAAGUGGCGUUUCGCUAAUCGCCACUGUGACUCGCCUCAUGGAGAGGUUACUGGACUACAGGGACUGCAUGAAAAUGGGAGAAGUGGAUGGCAAAAAGAUUGGCUGCACUGUUAGCCUUUUGAAUUUUUAUAAGACUGAACUGAACAAGGAAGAGAUGUAUAUUCGCUACAUUCAUAAGCUGUAUGACCUACAUCUGAAAGCACAAAACUUCACAGAGGCUGCCUACACGCUCCUGCUGUACGAUGAGCUGUUGGAGUGGUCUGAUCGGCCACUGAGAGAAUUUCUCACCUACCCCAUGCAAACAGAGUGGCAACGUAAAGAGUGUCUCCAUCUGACCAUCAUUCAAAACUUCGAUAGAGGAAAGUGUUGGGAAAAUGGCAUUAUCUUAUGCAGGAAAAUUGCAGAACAGUAUGAGAGCUACUAUGACUACAGAAACCUCAGCAAGAUGAGGAUGAUGGAAGCAUCUUUGUAUGAUAAAAUCAUGGAUCAACAGCGUUUGGAGCCAGAAUUUUUCAGAGUUGGAUUUUAUGGGAAAAAGUUCCCAUUCUUCUUGAGAAAUAAGGAAUUUGUUUGCCGAGGACAUGACUAUGAAAGGCUGGAGGCCUUCCAGCAGCGAAUGUUGAAUGAGUUCCCGCAUGCCAUUGCUAUGCAACAUGCUAAUCAGCCAGAUGAGACCAUCUUUCAGGCAGAAGCACAGUAUUUGCAGAUUUAUGCAGUGACACCAAUUCCAGAAAACCAGGAAGUCCUGCAGAGAGACGGCAUUCCCAAUAACAUCAAGAGCUUUUACAAAGUAAAUCACAUCUGGCGAUUUCGAUAUGACAGGCCAUUUCACAAAGGGACUAAGGACAAGGAGAAUGAAUUCAAGAGUCUAUGGGUGGAGAGAACCACACUGAUCUUGGUGCAGAGUUUACCUGGGAUAUCUCGUUGGUUUGAAGUGGAGAAACGUGAAGUAGUGGAAAUGAGUCCCCUUGAGAAUGCCAUUGAAGUCUUAGAAAAUAAGAACCAGCAGCUGAGAACGCUGAUUAGUCAGUGUCAAACUCGACAGAUGCAAAAUAUUAACCCUCUCACGAUGUGUCUAAAUGGGGUCAUUGAUGCAGCAGUUAAUGGUGGAGUUGCUAGAUACCAAGAGGCAUUCUUUGUCAAAGAAUACAUCUUGAACCAUCCAGAGGAUGGGGAGAAGAUCACGCGCUUGAGAGAGCUGAUGCUCGAGCAGGCUCAGAUUCUAGAAUUUGGCUUGGCAGUGCACGAGAAGGUGGUGCCGCAGGACAUGAGGCCAUUGCACAAAAAGCUGGUGGAUCAGUUCUUUGUGAUGAAGUCAAGCUUGGGAAUACAGGAAUUUUCUGCCUGUGUACAAGCUAGCCCUAUUCAUUUCCCAAAUGGAAGUCCUCGUGUAUGCCGAAAUUCCAUACCUGUUUCUAUGAGCCCUGAUGGUGCCAGGGUAAUACCACGACGCAGUCCCUUGAGUUACCCAGCUGUCAAUCGGUAUUCAUCCUCAUCACUGUCAUCCCAAGCUUCUGCUGAAGUCAGCAAUAUCACUGGGCAAUCAGAAAGCUCCGAUGAAGUUUUUAACAUGCAGCCUAGUCCAUCUACCUCAAGCCUGAGUUCCACUCAUUCUGCUUCACCUAAUGUGACCAGUUCUGCUCCAUCCAGUGCCAGAGCCUCUCCUCUGUUGUCUGACAAACAUAAGCAUUCCCGAGAAAACUCUUGCCUGUCCCCAAGAGAGAGGCCCUGCAGUGCUAUCUACCCUACUCCUUCGGAAACCUCACAGAGAAUGCUGUUUAAUCACAUUGGAGACGGUGCUUUGCCACGAAGCGAUUCCAAUUUGCCUGGCCCUGACAAAGCUGUAAAUACCACCCCCAGCAGCUGGAGCCUGGACAGUGGGAAGGAAGCCAGAAACACAUCAGAAAGUGGAAAGCUUAUAUCUCCUCCUGUACCACCAAGACCUGCACAGACUGCAUCACCAGCAAGACACAUAGCCUCCGUUUCCCCUUCUCCUGCUGGCAGAUCACCAAUGAAGGGGUCUGUGCAAUCAUUCACACCGUCUCCAGUGGAGUAUCAUUCCUCGGGGGUCAUAUCCAACUCCCCGGUGCUGUCGGGGAGUUACAGCAGCGGCAUCUCUUCGCUCAGCCGAUGUAGCACAUCAGAGACAUCGGGCUUUGAAAGCCAAGGCAGCGAACCAACAGUGACUGUCCCAAGCUACAGCGUUCCUGAGGAGCCUGUGAGAAAAGAAAGUAAAACCCCGCCACCUUACAGCGUGUACGAGCGGACUUUGAAACGCCCUGUUCCUCUACCUCACAGCCUCUCCAUCCCGCCCGCCACAGACCCGCCGGCGCUGCCGCCCAAGCCGCAGCUGGUCCGGCCAAACAAUCUGGAAAACAGCAGCAGGAGGACUGAGCAGGUUCCCCGGCCCAGGCCUCUGCCCCGCAAAGUCUCUCAGCUAUGAGAAGCCACUUUUGUAUUUAAUUGCAACCAAUUCCUUACCGUUUAAGAAAUAAUAUUUUUUAAAAAUGGUAAAAUGCGUUUAGUUAGGCACUUUAAUAUUUUGCCCACCUUUUCUUUUGAGUAAUUUUAAAAUGCUU